AUGAAGAGUCUCCUCUGGGUACCCUCUGUUCCUGAAAUGAGUCCACAAGUCUUCCAAAGCUUCCUGAAGUUUGUCGUUACUGCUGAUGACCCGCUUUGUAAUUUCAAGCAGCUCAUCGAUGGACAAACUUCUAAUUCCAAGCAGCAGGUGUGGGAGAAGCAGCAGCUGUGGGAGAAGCAGCAGCUGUGGGAGAAGCAGCAGCUGUGGGAGAAGCAGCAGCUGUGGGAGAAGCAGCAGGUGUGGGAGAAGCAGCAGGUGUGGGAGAAGCAGCAGCUGUGGGAGAAGCAGCAGGUGUGGGAGAAGCAGCAGGUGUGGGAGAAGCAGCAGCUGUGGGAGAAGCAGCAGGUGUGGGAGAAGCAGCAGCUGUGGGAGAAGCAGCAGGUGUGGGAGAAGCAGCAGCUGUGGGAGAAGCAGCAGGUGUGGGAGAAGCAGCAGCUGUGGGAGAAGCAGCAGCUGUGGGAGAAGCAGCAGGUGUGGGAGAAGCAGCAGCUGUGGGAGAAGCAGCAGGUGUGGGAGAAGCAGCAGGUGUGGGAGAAGCAGCAGGUGUGA